AUGGCAAGAGCAACCUCACAGUGCGGUCUUUCACUCAUACACCUAACUUUACUCCUCUCAUCAACCCUCCUCUCUGCAACUCUCGAAGAACAAAACGACAACCCAAUCACCCGUUUCCAACGCUACCUCCAAAUCAACACCGCACACCCAACCCCAGACUACUCCUCCGCCGUCUCCUACCUCAUCUCCCAAGCUAACUCCAUCGGCGGUAUCCUCCACAAAACCUUAGAAUUCUCCCCCGGCAAGCCUCUCCUCCUUCUAACAUGGCCCGGCUCCCACUCCUCCCUCCCCUCCAUCCUCCUCAACUCUCAUCUCGACUCCGUCCCCGCCGAAUCAUCCAAAUGGACCCACCCUCCCUUCUCCGCCACCCGCACCUCCGACGGCAACAUCUUCGCCCGCGGCGCACAGGAUGAUAAAUGCAUAGCCAUGCAGUACCUCGAAGCAAUCCGCAAUCUCCGCAAUAACAACUUCGUUCCUGUUCGUUCCGUUCAUAUCUCCCUUGUCCCCGAUGAGGAGGUUGGUGGCUUUGCUGGCGCUGCCAAGUUUGUUGAGUCGGAGGAAUUUCAAGCGCUUAACGUUGGGUUUGCGCUCGACGAAGGACAGGCUUCGGUUGGGGAUGAGUUUAGGGUUUUUUAUGCUGAUAGGAUUCCGUGGAAUUUGAAGAUUAAGGCUAAGGGACAACCGGGACAUGGUUCCAAGUUGUAUGAUAAUAGUGCUAUGGAGAAUUUGAUGAAGAGUGUUGAAGUUGUGAGUAGGUUUAGAGAGAGUCAGUUUGAUGUUGUUAAGGCUGGGAAGGCUAUGAAUUCUGAAGUUGUUUCUGUUAAUCCGGUUUAUCUCAAAGCAGGAGUUCCCACUCAAGAUGGAUUUGCGAUGAAUGUGCAACCUUCGGAGGCAGAAGCUGGUUUUGAUCUUAGGUUGACACCUACGACCGACCCUGAGGAAAUGAAGAGGCGAAUUGCUGCUGAAUGGGCACCUUCUGUUAGAAAUGUGUCAUUUGAGAUCAUAGAAAAAGGACCCAUCAGAGACUAUUUGGGACGUCCUUUAUUAACUGCAACUAAUGAUUCGAAUCCAUGGUGGUUAGUUUUCAAGCAGGCUAUAACCUCAGUUGGAGAAAAACUUUCAAAGCCUGAAAUUCUUCCAUCCACAACAGAUGCUCGAUAUCUUCGGCAGAAAGGGAUUCCUGUACUUGGUUUUUCCCCAAUGAAAAAUACUCCCAUUUUGCUUCAUGACCACAAUGAGCAUCUACGAGAUACUGUGUACAUGAAGGGAAUACAGGUAUACGAGUCUUUGAUAAGCUCCUUGAGUUCGUUUACAGAAGCUUCACAUUAG